AUGUGGCCGCCGCCGCCACCGCCGCCGCUGUCAGUGGCACCGAUGUUGGCGCUAGCGCGCCGCGGUCGCCGUCCCCUGGGUCCGAUGUCGGGCCCGGCGGUCAAUACACAACCUAAGCUCUGGCGCGCGCGUGUGCGCGCACUGGUAAGAGACGACGACGACGGUGAUGAUGAUGGCGGUGGCGGUGGUGGUGGUGGUGGCGGCGGCGGCGGUUGA